GAAAAUGACAGGAUUUGAAGACUAAGUAGGUAAUUUAUAUGAAUUAUUAUUACUUGGUCAAACAAGACGGCAAAUUAUAAUUAGUAAUCUCCACUCCACCUAACCUCUCCUGACUGCCCAAGCAGGUUUGAAACUUUGAACUGCACUCAAUCAGGUAUAUACCUAUAUAUAUAUACCCACCAGAGUAAGAAGAUGAACACAAACUAGACGAAUAUGGAGGAAGUAAAGGUACUAGGGUUCUGGACAAGUCCAUAUCCUUACAGGGUUAUAUGGGCUCUGAGACUCAAGGGUGUCAAAUAUGAAUAUAUAGAAGACGACAUAUACAAUAAGAGUGAUUUGCUUCUCCGGAGUAACCCAGUGCAUAAGAUGGUUCCAGUGUUUUUUCAUGGUGGAAAAAUAAUUGCAGAGUCCACUGUUAUUCUUGAGUACAUUGAAGAGACGUGGCUUCAGAACCCUCUGCUACCAAAUGACCCUUAUGCAAGGGCCAUGGCUCGGUUUUGGACUAAGUUCGGAGAUGACAAGAGGCCAAACUUUUUUGAGUUCUUUUGGACAACUGGAGAUGAGCAAGCAAAAGCAGUAAAACACGCCCAAGAACUUAUGACAAUCUGGGAACAGCAAGGCCUUGGGGAGAAAAAGUUUUUCAACGGUGACGAGAUUGGAAUGACAGACUUAGCCUUCGGAUGGAUAGCAUUCUGGCUUGAGGCCAUGGAAGAAGCAGCUGGUGUACGAGUGCUGGAAGUCAAUAGCUUCCCUCGCUUGCAGGCAUGGAUUAAAAAUUUCAAGGAAGUUCCUGUGAUUAAAGAAAAUCAUCCUGAUAAGAGCCUCCUGUUAGGCUAUAUGAAAGAACGAAGGGCGGUGCAUGUCAAGCCAGCAACUUCUUGAUAUCCACAUGAACCCAAUAAGAAUAAAAGUUCAAAGAUGAAUAAAUGUAAUAAGCUUCUACAUUCCAAUAAGAGAAUAGUUCCAACAACAUCUAGAGUAGCUUUGAAACUCUGCAUAAGCUUCACAAACCCUUCAUUAAUUUCCAAAUCAUAAAGGUAUAUGAAAAUGAAUUAGCCUUCACAAUAUCUUUUCUCU